AAGUUGUGUAAAGAUUUUUAAAUUCAGUUCAGUAGCUUGACAAGCACAACAUGGCUCAGUGCAGAGUGACCGAAUAUUAUGGUUCCCGUAAAAGAACUGGUGAUCUUCAACCAACUAAGAGGCGCAAAGUUCAGAGAACGACUGUGAUAGCCGAAGAUACACCCAGUGUUUUGCUACCAAUUUCCAAGCUCUCGCCCACUGCAAGCAGCUGUUCUGAAACCAGCGUUGGUUCCACUCGGUCACGAACAAAGAAAGCUUUACCACAAACCCGUUCCAGGUAUUCCCGAAGAGUGAAAAAUAAAACAGUAGGUCCCAUUGAACAUGCUCUUCUUCGUUUACGAAGUAGCGCAUGUGAGACGGAAGGUUAUUCGUCCAGCGAUUUGGAAGUUAGUGACACCACAGAUACAGACUCAGUAGCGUCCGAGACCACUGCCAUAUCAGAUGACCAUGAUACUCGACUGUCCCCGCCGCUCACGCCGACUAAGCGCACUCAAAAAACUACGACGACGAUCGCCCAAAAAAGACGAAAACCGGCAACGCGAAUCAACUCUCUAGAUGGCUUCGAUUAUUUUGAGGAAGCUACAGCGCCUACACCUGCAGAGUUUGCAUUUGAAUUACAGGAAAAUCAAAAUAAAGAAGAGCAAGGUAAACGCGUUAAAAAGAAAGCAUCGCCAAAGCAGACCCCUGCUAAGAAGAAAUUAGAGUUGAAAUUGAAAAAUGAAGAGCCCCGAAGUGAGGAAUGUUCAACAGUCAAACUAGAUACUAACGAGAAUCAGUGUGAGAAAACUGUUACGGAAACAACCACAUCUGAAAUGUGCACUUCGCUGAAGUAUAAACCUUCUACUUCAAAGUCUACUGAGGUAUCGCUGAAUACCAAAGAAUCCUGUGCAUCUGUCGUCAGUGCGAAGUUAAAAGAUAAAAAGAAAGUGGCCAAAUUGAAGGAAAAGAUGUCUCCAGCAGCAGUGAAAGAUCUUUUGUCCAAAUCUGGUAAAUUAGCAGAACUACAAAGUCGUUUGGCUAAAGUGAAGGAGCAGGCAGACAAGACCAAGAAGUUGACAACAAAAUUACCUCAGUCUCCGAAAGUAUCACAAUCCCAGAAGUUAUCACAACCCCCUAAAGCAGCACAACCAGAGUUGUCGGCAGCAGAGGCAAGUGAUGAAAUGCCGGCCUAUCAAAAGUACCACUCCUUAGCAACACCAGUGCCGCCAUCUUUGAAUCUGCCUUACAAGUACAAGAUACUGUCAGAGAUGUUUAGGAGUGUUGAUACUAUUGUUGGCAUCUUACAGAAUAGGACGGAAACGUGUACAUUUACAAAACUUAAAGAAGCAGUCCAGGAAAUGAUAAGAAGAACUUUUGAAUUGAAAAACCUUGGUCAGAUAAAAACUGUAUACCCGUAUGCAUAUACCUUCAGACAAGAACGAGGUGUUCCAACAUAUAAACAUGGCGUGAAGUCAACUGACUAUCAACUGACAAUUGACGCUAGUCUCGACAGUACAAGUAAUCAGCAAGAGCAAAGACAGAAAUUGACAUCUAGCAAAUUAAUACAGAGAAGGAAUAUAUUUGAUCAUAGUUUAGUGGAUAUUGUCAAAGUGCACCACAAGGAUUUCCUGUCCAAGUUGAUUCCACCAUUGACAGUGCCAGAAGAUAAACUAACUAGAUGGCAUCCAAAAUUUCCACUAGACAGAGUACCAGACAUUGAGCCGGCUUCAUUACCAGAACCACCAAAUGUCAAAAAAUAUUCUUCUGCCAAAGAUGUACUUGAUAAAGCCAGAGAUAUGCUAACACCAAGGGUGACAGAAGCAUUGGAAAAGGUAGCCAAGAAAUCAGAGUUGGAGAGAAAGAACAGUAAAGAUGCAACCCCUAAAGUGCAAUCACCUAACACUACCAAGAAUCAGAAUACUGCCAUAAAAGGUGUUCCACAAUCACUGCUAGAAAGAAUAAGAGCUAAGGAAGCUGCGAAGAUGGAAGCUGCUUUAAUUCGUGAUCCUGCUGAAGAUAAGAAGACUGAUAUGAUUGCCAGAUUACCAGAGCUCUGCAGAAUCCUUAGAGGUUUUUUUCUAGCUGAAAAGAAAGCUGCAAUACCCAUUGAAUCGGCCACAAGCAAGUUGGUAGAAAGCUACAAGUCGUGUAUAUCUGUUGCUCAAAUGGAAAAGCAUUUGGAUGUGAUGUCUGAAGUGUUACCACAAUGGUUAUCAAUAUUUAAAAUCCGGAAAACCACCUACGUUAAGAUUGACAAAAAGACUGAUAUGAAUACUAUUACAGACAAGAUUAAUGAAAUAGUGAAACAAAGGAAAUAAUUGGAACCUGAAGAUUAUCCACCCAUGCAUGAACAAGACAUUAAAAUUGACUUAAUCAGCUGGUAACCGUUCCCUGAUGUUUUUUGAGCUGGAUUCAAAAACCAAAUAUGGGUGUGUAAUUAGCAUACUAACAUGCAUGUAUUUCAUCCAAUCGUAAUGCAUAAACAGAUGCUAUAUUGUACGAGUAUCUUCUAAUUGGUGGAUUCUAGAUGAAAGCUUUUUUCUCAGGAAAUUUUUGUUUCAUAACUGAUUGGUCAUUGGUUUGAUUCAGUACACACUUUCUGUAAACUGACAAUUUGCAGGACAUAAAUAGGUUACAGGAGGAGGCCGUCGUAACAUUGUAAUUGUUUUGAUCAGUCACCACAGAAAAGUGUUUAUUGAUCAUUAUUGGCAACUUAACACUGCCUGUAAGUUGUAUUGUAAUUUUAAGAUGAAUUUUAUUGAAGAGCUUUACUGAAGUGAAUUAACAGGGUUGGUUAUUUCUGGUUUUGGAUCAAGUGGUUUUGCAGCAGAUGAGCUUCAUUGAAAUCUGUAGAUAAGCAGUGACUAGUUUCCUAUCUUGACUGAAAUAUAAAUUUUACAUAAAAAAAAAAACCAUCAAUGGUUUCAUUGUAUACUUUCCAUUGUAGACAACUUUUUAGAUUGUUUCUGUAGAUUUAGAAGCUAAUUGUGUUUAACCAAUUUUACUCAAUUCCAGCGUUUGUCAAAUUUGUAUAUGCAAUCAAAAUAUCCAAAUAAUGCAAUAUUUUUGUAAUUCUUAAUUGGACCUUUUAAUGUAAUUUCUGAGCUCCAUGUUCUUGUUCCACCAUCUCAAUUGUAAUUCCAAUGAAUUUGUUGCAUCAAUAUUUGUUAACCUUAAAUAAUUAAAGACAAUUUUUCGAAGACCUUAAAGAUUCAUCAAAAAUGGUGAUCUCAACUUAGAAGUGAAACAUUGUCAGCCUUCCAUAGUUUCACUAUUCAGAACUUUUAUUCAGAAAAAUGUAUUAUGAAUUGUUCAUGCCACAUUUUACAACUAAAGGGAAGGGAAUCCAUGCUAUCGCACUGAGGUGAUAAAAUUAAGGUGUAAUAGAGCCUGCAAUAUGGCGGCACUCCCAUGAUGCAUCUUGUGUGCCUGACAUCGCGUGUAUAUCGCUCUAAGAUGCACUAUAGAAGUAGUUAGACAUUUAUCUUAUUAGAUAUAUACUUGAGUACAAUCUUGACACAGCUGGGAUUAACACCAUCAUUCUCUAAAAAUAAUUCUCUAAAAUUAUUUGAAUGUGCCUCGUUGAUGAUCCCCGACAGUUCCACAUCAUUACGCUCCCAGUGUAUUGUCCAAUAUUGCACGUCAUUGUAAUUGUGUGAAUGCAGGUGUUGUCAUUUUAUUCAUGUGUGGAACGAGAACUUGGAAGCUCAUUGCUAAUAUUUUACUAUUGUAUUAACUGUUUAGAUUUACAACUAUUUUUAUAUAACUUUUGAUGCCAACAAUCCAGAGUUUAUUAAAAAAAAAGUUGAAAUACA